AUGAAGAAGACCACCCGCUACCGUCCCGGCGUCCUGGCCCUGCGAGAGAUCCGAAAGUACCAGAAGUCGACCGAGCUGCUGAUUCGCAAGCUUCCCUUCCAGCGCCUCGUGAAGGAGAUCGCGCAGGAAGUCAAGUCUGACCUCAAGUUCCAGACCCAGGCGAUCCUGGCGUUGCAGGAGGCCGCUGAGGCGUUUCUCGUUGGGCUCUUCGAGGACACGAACCUGUGCGCAAUCCACGCCAAGCGCGUCACGAUCAUGCCAAAGGAUAUCCAGCUAGCCCGUCGGCUCAGAGGCGAGCGAACGUGA